ACGUGGCCGUGGCGUUGCCGAGGAACGCGAGCGGUUGACGUAUCUCAGUUACGAGCGGAAUUGGACUUAUUGUGAUUUACCGAGGCGAAGCGGGAAGAUGCGAGAGAGGACGUGGGACGUUUCCUAUUCCUGAUCGCAACCGACUGAUUUCUCCCUCGAGCGAGCGCCUGGGGAUCGACGCGCUCGCUGAACCUGCCCGCGUUGCAGGUUAAUUACUCGGCCGAGAGACAAUUCCAUUAUACCGGCUUGAUUUUCGACACGCAGGAAAGCUUUGAUGAAUGACGCGCGAGGGAAUGGUAGGCGGAGCCGGCGGAGCCGCGCGUACGGAGAAACGGCGUUAGACGCGACACAUGGCAGAGAUAAUAUGAAUAAAGAAAUGCCGAUGAGCGUCGAGUGGAUGCCGCAGAACGCGUACAUGCACGGUUCCCUGGAUCACCUGCUGCCGGCGGACAGAGGCCAGGACUUCAUCAUCAUAAAGGAGGAGGCGGAGUUUUAUCAGAGCAGCCUGAGCGCGCAGCUGCAGGUCUCGCCCAGAGAGAGCGACAGGGAGAUCAAGCGACGGGGCAGCGACCCGGCCGAUCAAGCGGACUCCUUAAAUCAGCCGCCCCAAGCUUCGGUCGACGCUUCCGAGAAAUUGUACAACAAGGGUCGCGUUGAUGUAAUAGAGAUGCCGGUAGACCCGACGCUUAAUUGCAAGUAUCUUUUCGUGUACGAAGAUCAGUUUUCCAAGUUCGUCGUGCUGAAGGCCCUCCGUGGCGACACGGCCAAGGAGGUCGCGGCGAGUCUGUUAGACGUGCUGGGGAUCAUAGGGUCGCCGCGAGUGCUGCAGAGCGGCAACGGACGUAAAUUUGCUGAGCAGGUUGUGCACGAGCUACGCUCGCUGUGGCAUGGUCUGUUCGUGCUGCACGGGGACGUGUCCAGGUGUGAAGUUAGCUACAGGGAUUUUAAGGGCUCGCUUGAGUCCUGGGUGAGGAAAAAUCCGACCAGGACCUGGUGCGAGGGGCUCAGCCACGUGCAGAUCACCCACAACUCGACGUAUCGCUGUGAGAACGGCAGGGUACCGUACGACGUGCUGUUCAGGCGAAACGCGUGCGACAAUUUUCAAGGCGUGGAAAAGGACACGGCGGGUCUGGGGACGGAAGAGGAGUGGCUCGAGCGUUUGUCGGAUAAGAAAGGCGGAGAUGCGGCUGCGACGACGGAAGACGCGCAGAGCGCAUCGAACAGCACCGAUCAGUGCGAAAGGAAGGAGACUGCGCGGAGUCGAGACGCGUCUACGAAAGCCGACGACGUGAACGCCUUUAGUUACGUCGACGUGAAGAGCGAGCCUCUGGCGAGCAACGCAAGUACGGUGGAUUCAACGUCCACGGACGAUACGGACGCGAGCAACGAGUUGAGGAUCGACGAGGACUCGCGACGCAACGAGUUGAAGAUCGACGACGGUCGAACCCUCAGAUGCAAGUACUGUCAGAAGCGGUACAUGAAGAUUGGGCAUUUGAAGAACCACAUGAGAUCGCACAACGCGAAGAAGGUUCUCCGUUGUAAGCUGUGCAGCAGACUGUUUAACUUCCCGAAAGUGUACGCGAAGCACAUGAAGCAGUCGCACGGGCAGGACAAGUUGGCUGACGAAGAGAGAGAGAUUCCGGUCAGUAGAAGCACGAGGAGCAGCGCCAACGCGUUAACAGCCGUGCCGAGCAAAGGAAGAUCCGUGACACGCGAGACGUCCGAGCCCGAGACAACGGGCAAGGAUUGCGACUCGUCGCUGGACACGAAAGAGUUCGCCGGCAGGCUCGGCAAGGCCAGGACCCAGACCGGCAGGAGGAAGUCGACCGCGGAGAUUCGCGUGUCGAAGGUGCAAUCUUUGAAGUGCGCGUUCUGCACGCAAACGUUCAACUUCCCGAGCGUGCUGGAGCGACACAUGCGAUCGCACACGAACGAACGGCCGUACUUGUGCCAGUUAUGCAACAAGAGCUUCAAACAAUUGGGCCACCUCAGCCAGCACGCGCUGACCCAUCACGACUACCGGUCCUUCCAAUGCGCGGUGUGCGGCGUCAAGCUGGAAUCGUUGGAGCUGCUGAAACAACACGCGCACUCGCACAAGGACGAGACGGCGACGACGACGUCCAAGAUACGUGACGUUUAUCGUCUGUUCGAGUGCGACAGCUGCAAGAAGGUGUUUACGACCAAGAGCGUGCUGGAGCGGCACAUAUUCACGCACACGCAGGAGCGUCAGUACGACUGCAAGGUGUGCGACAAGCGGUUCAAGCAGGCCGGCCACGUCAAGUCGCACAUGCUGGUGCACACGGGCGAGCGUCCCUUCGAGUGCCCCGUGUGCUCCAAGCGCUUCAGCCUGUCCAGCUCGCUGAAGAAGCACAUGUACGUGCACAAUGGCGACAAGCCGUAUCAGUGCGACGUGUGCGGCGCGCGUUUCCUCGAGAAGCGCAACCUCAACGGCCACCUGCUGACGCACACCAACGAGCGGCCAUUCCAGUGCAAGAUCUGCGGCAAGCGGUACACCCUCGCGGACACGCUGCGCCGCCACGUCAGCGCCGCGCACGAGAUUGGCCGUUCGUAUCAGUGCGAGAUCUGCGCCAAGAUGUUCAAGCAGCUGGCGCAUCUGUCGGUGCACAAGAAGGUCCACAACGACGAACGGCCGUUCCAGUGUCACCUCUGUGAGAAGAACUUCAAGCACAAGAACGUGCUCAAGUCGCACCUCGCGAUCCACGCCAACGUGCGGCCGUUCGAGUGCGACGUGUGCAAGGCGACAUUCGCGCGGAAGACGAACCUGCAGACGCACAUCUCGUCCGCGCACAUGAACGAGCGCCCGUACAGCUGCACCAUCUGCGGCAAGCGCUUCAAACAGAGCAGCCACCUCAACGGCCACGUGGUCGUGCACAGCAACCUCAUGCCCUACAAGUGCGAUUAUUGCGACCGUCGGUGCAACCGACUCGACAACUUGAAGAAGCACAUGCGCCUGCACACGAAGAACAAGGAGUGAAAGAAACUACUUGGACUACUCGACUCGAUUGAUAUCUCGCCCGAGACACCCGAAACGGAAUACCGGAGCUAAUAGAAAGAAUCACUGACUGUAGCAAUGAGACGCUGUCGCGCCGGAUUCUUUUAAUGCAGAGUUGAAUCUGUAUUUUCCGAAUGAACGUAGAUUUGCCAAUAAACGGAGAGGAGUUUUUCUUAAAAUGUGUCCUGAAAAUCAUGUAAUCGUGGAACAACAUGACAUUUCCAAGAAUUUUAU